ACGACAAACUGGAUCCUGUCAGUGCCUGGGAACCUGAGGGAUCCCAGAGAGGCAGAGAGGAGACAGACAGGACAGGGAGAACCAUCCAAGUGAUAAUGCUGUGAGGGAAACUGCUCAGGGAAAGCUAAAUCAGAUUGUUUUUGUACUCAUCUGUAUCCGGAAAGCGUCCUGUGCAGGAUCUGGUGUUGUACCUGACUGUGCAGCAACAUGGGAGCGUCCAGGGACAAGACGUCGCUCCUCUCACGGCUGCUUGUGUUGAUGCUGUGUGUCGUCUCUUCUCUCUGCCAGGAAGAAUAUUCUGGAUACCACUCAGGUGAGGACCACACCUUUGACGAGUCGUCCUUAGUCGACCACUAUGACAACUUAGCCUCUCCGCAACCAGAGUAUCCCCCUGAGCCAACUCACAGUUAUGAUGAAGACCAGCUACUGGAGGAGGGAGACUACGACCCUUAUGGUCCCGCCCCCACACAGGUUACCAUGAUAACCGAGGACGCCUUUUCCUACGCCACCACGACAGAGUCCCACUACGCCAAGGAGGACACAGAGAUCAUGCAGGUGCCAUAUGGACCCAACACUGACUCCUCAGAGGAGUCGGGGGGUGAUGCAGGCCUCGGGGAGGAGGGGCCAACAGAGUGUGAUUGUGAACCCGGUGAGCCUGGAUUUGCUGGAUUUGCAGGACCGAAGGGAUCCAGAGGCCUGCAGGGUAAAACUGGUGAACCAGGAAUUCAAGGCAGAGAAGGUUAUAAAGGAACCAAAGGAGUUCAGGGAAGAAGAGGAGACCCAGGACCAGUAGGUGAUGCUGGGCUUGAAGGAGACGAAGGAGCUUCUGGUUUCUCAGGAGGGAUGGGAGAACCUGGACUUAUUGGGGACCGAGGUGACCAUGGAGAGCUGGGUCUGAAGGGUGACAUCGGUAUGGAGGGACCCCGCGGAGGAGUCGGACCUCCUGGUGAGACUGGUCCACGUGGUGAUGCUGGGCCUGCAGGUCCAAAAGGAGGUAAAGGCAUCAAGGGAUCUUUUGGUGAUGAAGGCAAAAAGGGUCUUCAGGGACAAGAUGGACCAAAGGGACAGACAGGAGCGCCUGGGUUUCCUGGUGAUGUCGGUGAACAAGGUUACACUGGUUAUCCUGGACAGCCAGGAACCACUGGACCGAGUGGACCGAAGGGCACUAAAGGUCAAGAUGGCCUUCCAGGCAGUGACGGUGACCCAGGAGAAGAUGGGCCUAUAGGAGUCCCAGGGUUGAUGGGAGAGCCUGGACCAUUUGGUGCUAAGGGCAAUAAGGGGGAUCAUGGUGUCAGAGGACCUCGAGGCAGAGUGGGCGCUGUGGGAGGUGAAGGAGAGCAGGGAGAUGCUGGAGUACCAGGAAAACCAGGACCAAAGGGCCUCCAGGGCCAGACAGGUGCCAAAGGUGAGACAGGACCUGAUGGUGAAAAGGGUGCAGGAGGAAAAAAAGGAAUUAAAGGGGAUAAAGGACAAAAGGGAAGCGGGGGUGAUCGCGGAGACAAAGGACAGCGAGGGCCAAAAGGUGCCGUUGGUCGUAAUGGUGCCCCCGGCCCUGUUGGACCACCCGGUAUCCCAGGAACCAGAGGGAACCGCGGUCCAAUUGGUGACCCCGGUGUUAAAGGCCGAGCAGGACCCAAGGGAGUUCAAGGUCCAUCUGGUCCUGGUCUGACUGAUGAGCAGGUCCUGCAGCUCUGCAAAGGUGUGGUCACAGCCCAGAUCUCCCAGUACGCCGCCUCAAUCCGAGCCAAGUGCUCUCAGGGCUGCCCAGUUAACAACCGGACACUAAUUGGGCCCCCGGGAGCUCGAGGACCUCUGGGAUCACCAGGCAAAGCUGGUAAAGCAGGAAAAGCUGGAGCAAAAGGAGCCCGAGGUGUUCAAGGUGACAGAGGACUGGAGGGACAGAAGGGAGCGCAGGGCGAUAGAGGUAAGAAAGGGCCUAAAGGUGUUGCAGGUGAUCCAGGCAAAGGUCUACCAGGACUUGACGGACCACAAGGACUCAGAGGCUUACCAGGUCCCCCAGCAGAACCUAAAGAUGGCAUGGAGGGUCCCCGUGGGCCUCGUGGCUUCCCUGGUCCGGUGGGCCAAACUGGUAUGGUUGGGAUUGCGGGCAUGCCGGGAUUUUGCGAGGCGCGGGACUGCAGCAUUCACGCACCGGUGAUGCGCAAAGAACAGGGUCUGGUGAAAAGACCUGGAGGCUCAAAAAUCUGAACCUCAACACGAGGGAGAAGGACUGCUAUGAGAUUAUACCCUUUCUGAGAAUCACUCUGGCAGCAACUUCAGUGCUCAUCUCAGACAACACAGGAACUGGGUUUAAUUGGAGAAAAUUCUAUUAUAUACAUUUGUGACUGGUUUGUACAAGAGCUGAAAAUCGGACAAAAUCUAGCAAUGUUGGGAGCUCCUCUAAGAAGUGUUGCAGGAAUGAAACCAGCUAAACCACCCACCUGAGCCAGACAAGGCUUCCAGUGAACAUUUAACAUUUUAGAAGGUUUAUACAUAAUAUAUAUCCAAACCCUGCUUCAGUUUUUAUUGAAAAAAUUUAGUUGAAUGUUUUGUAAUUUGAUAAAACACGAGUAAAUUGUCCCCUAUGAUUCCCUCCUUCGGUUUAGUUAUUUUAUUCUAUGAUCCCUAAAAAGAUAAAGAAAUAAAUCAUGCUAUGUAAAUAUUUUGUAAAGAAUCCUAAAUGCAUGUACUGUGCUCAGAAAUAACUUUCAGAUAAACUGAUGUUUUUUUUAAACUGA